GUAAGGGUAUCGAAAGUAACAACGCUCGAACUAACGUCCUUUAUCGCUCUUAUCGCUUCCGUCCCUAAUUAUUCGCGUUUACUUUUUAAGCUAGAUCGCGAUCGGACACCGAGAAACUGCGCGAACGACGCGAUCGCGCGACCUCUCAGAAUCUUGGGAAGACGCUACUCAUUAACGAAAACAGGAUAUAAACAUCUGGAAAUCUGCAUUAACGUCAGUCGACCCUUGUUCGUGAAAAUCGUUCUCGGAGAUAAUCACGGCAAGGAGAUCUCGCUAACGCCGAACGCGUGGAAGGAGCUGCUCGAUCUACGAUCCACGCUCGCGUCGUACUUUCAAUCCAACGAGCGCGACGAGACUCGUUCCCCGGCGCCGAUAUACAUCGGUCAAUUGACGCUUCGAUUCGGCAGACUGAACAAUCUCCGAAUUCUCCGUCUCGAGACGCCCAAGACUCGACUGGCUAUGUCGAGAAACACCGUUCUAUACAUAUUGCAUCUAGAACAUUGGGUCAAUUGCCUCGUUACGUCCUUGAACUGCUUGACCACCUACACCGACAAUAAGCUGGCUCGUUUCCUCGAUGUCGCGGCGAGCGUUCGCGACCCCGCUCUCGUUCCCGCGACGAUACGCGACAGCGAGAGCUUCGACCGCGACGAACUGAUAGACUGCGAGCUACAGACUCUGUUCUUCGGAUAAUCGUGAUACGUCUGUCCACGCGCUCGCACCUUCGUUACUAAAUAAGCCUUUGUACCAUUAUUAUAUCGCAAAAAUUAAAUACGCCUUUGUACCAUUAUUAUAUCGCAAAAAUUAAAUACGCCUUUGUACCAUUAUUAUAUCGCAAAAAUUAAAUACGCCUUUGUACCAUUAUUACACCGCAUAAACCAAACAUGCCUCUGUAUCGUUAACGCAUCGCGAAGAAAUAAAGACUCUCUUUAUUCGAUCUCUCGAUCUCUCGAUCUCUCGAUCGCCCUUGUCUACGCGUCGUCCCGUUCCUCCGCCCGACCUUCUCUCCGAAUCGCGCGCUCUAAGCCGCGCCGAU